GUGCGGCAGCUCGUACAACCAUCAGUCGUUGUGGUGUAGUCGCCGCCGUAGUGUCGUGAGAGUUCAAGACGUUACCCACUAUACCGUGCGUUAAUCCACAGUUACUGUUGUAGUGUGAACACCGUUUUACGUACACCGUGCCCAGAGAGUGUGAACAAUGUACGGUGGUAGAAUGCUGCUGAUUGUGGUGUGUCUCGUCGCCGGUAGUGUCAGUGCGACCCAGAAGCUGCAGGAGCGGUACAGCUGGCAGCAGCUCGAUUUCGUCUUCCCCAAUCAACGCCUCAAGCAACAGGCACUAGCACGGGGUGACUAUGUCCCCACGAACGGUCUGCCGGUCGGUAUCGAGCGUUGGGAGAACAAACUGUUCGUUUCGGUACCAAGAUGGAAGGAUGGUAUCCCAUCAACGCUUAACUAUAUCGACAUGAAUCAGACACCGUCCGGAUCGCCGGCACUUAUCCCCUAUCCGGACUGGUCCUCGAACGUCGCUGGUGAUUGCGCGAACGGACUCUCCACGGUGUACCGUAUCAAGGCGGAUAAGUGUGGCCGUCUGUGGGCCCUCGAUACCGGUACCGUCGGUAUCGGUAACACCACCCAGCAGCUUUGCCCGUACGCACUGAACAUCUGGGACCUGAAGACGAACCGCCGGUUGCGCCGUUACGAGCUGCGGGCGGAUGAUACUAACGCGAACACCUUCAUCGCUAACAUUGCCAUUGAUAUGGGGCGCAGCUGUGACGAUACGUACGCGUACAUGUCGGACGAGCUCGGAUAUGGGUUGAUCGUGUACUCGUUCGAGCAGAACAAAUCGUGGCGCUUCGCCCACAGCUUCUUCUUCCCGGAUCCGCUGCGCGGUGACUUCAACGUGGCGGGAUUGAACUUCCAGUGGGGCGAGGAAGGUAUCUUCGGUAUGUCGCUGACACCGCUGCAGGCGGACGGAUAUCGUACGCUGUACUUCUCGCCACUGGCCAGCCAUCGCGAGUUCACCGUUUCGACCCGAAUUCUGCGCGACGAAUCGAAGGUGGAGGAAAGCUUCCACGAUUUCCAAUAUCUGAAGGAGCGCGGCCCGAACAGCCAUACGACGUCGCGCGUGAUGAGCGAUACCGGACUGCAGCUGUUCAAUCUGAUCGACCAGAAUGCGGUUGGCUGCUGGCAUUCGUCGCUACCGUACAGCCCGGAGUACCACGGUUUGGUCGAUCGGGACGAUGUGGAGCUUGUGUUCCCGGCGGACGUGAAGAUCGACGAGGAGGAACAGGUGUGGGUCAUCUCGGACCGGAUGCCAGUGUUCCUGAUUGCGGACCUAGACUACAGUGAUGUGAACUUCCGCAUCUUCUCCGCUCCACUGUCGACGCUGGUUGCCGGUACGGUGUGCGAUGUCCAGUCGCAGUUCGGUGCGAUACAGCCCAAGUUUGGUGGUGAUGCGGGAAGUUCGGAUCUGUCGACGACGUACAACACGGACACCACGCUGCUGCCGACGACGUACGCUCAGCCGCUGUCCGGUUCGUACACGCCGACGCUAAGUUACGCACCGACCGCUGCACCGCAGGUCCACAAGUUCACGCAGAGCUAUGAUGCGCCGACCUCGCACAUGUACUCGACCCAAUCGUACCCGACGACUGCCAAGGCGUACGCGUACAACAAGUACCACGGUGUCGAGUUCCAUGCGCACGGUGCACCGCAUCACGGCCACGGUUACCAUCAUGGACCGCACAACCAUGAAGGUGCGGCUGAACAGGAGACCGGCUACAGUGGACAUCGUGGUGGAUACUGGAACGGAGCGCACAAGAAGCAGGACUCGUGGAAACAGUUCUUCUACUAAGCGGAGAUAACGCCACACUAUUGUACGCUCGAUUAGGUUCAUAGACAAACACCCACACACACCCACAGAGAGAUAUUCGUGCACAGUGUGCCCAUAUACACGCCGAUGCGGCAAUGAUUCGGUUCACCCUCUCGAACACCCUCAACUGCACCACUUUUCACCUCCUCCCGGUUCUCCUCCCUCCGGUGUCUUUUCCACUGUUUAUAGCUUAAGCAGACACUUUACAACCUAACAAAAAAAAAACAAACACGGGAGUAUGAGGGAGUAGAAAAACAAAACAAAAUAUAUAUGUAAAAAAAAAACAAACACACAUGAUUGUAAAGUAAGGAACAUAUUUUCCACCCCACCCUGUAUGUGGCUGACGGCAGCUACAGAAAAAAAACAGGGAGAUAGUAAGUGAGUGAAAUAAAUUAUGUGAGAAGUGUAAAAGGUAUUGCGUAGAGAUGGUCGAUUACACACUACCGACGCUGUAAUAAACGGUUACAAAUUACAAGAAAA